CACAUGACUUACGAUCCCGGGAUAACAUGGUGUCGUAAACAACAUAAUUUGGGGAGGUCGCCUAUACCCCCUGUGGUUGCAUUCAUUUCCAUAGUGUCAUACCCAAACAUUUCUUUCUGGCAGAAACACUGCAGAUGUGGAUGAUUGUUGGAUUUGUGUUGAUACAUGGUACACCCACACACCUAGACGUAGCCCAGACACAAUGAGUGUACAUGUUGUGGUGCUGAACAUUUGAGGAGGAAAAUACACGUGGCCUUGCAUUACGAACUGGACAUAUCUACUUGUUUACUGAUGACUCCAGGUCUGACAGAAGAUAAAAUAUCUCUAAAUUUGGUCACAUGAAUGUAUAACAAGCUCCAGAGUCCCCUGAUGACCAGCAGCGUGGGCAGCUCCUUCACGCCGUCGCCCCCCAUCCUGUACGAUGUGGGGCCCGACGUCAUCGGCGAACUGACAUCGUCCAGCUUCACCGACUUCGACGCCAAGUCGCUAUCCAAUGUGAGCAGCGAGCUGAUGCUAGGCACACCCAGUCCCGACAGCGUCAUGGCAACGUCCACCAGCCUCCCACCCCCCUUCUCAACCGACACGAACCGACUGGGCAGUGGCAUCCCCAGCCCGGACACCAGUGUAUCUAACGGGAUGAUGGCGUCAAGUGCCUCGUACAUGGGCAGUGCACAGAUGUCGCACAACGUCAUAAAACAGUUCUCAGACAUCAGUGUUGCCACAACGUUCACUCACCAGGGUAACGGGCUGUUGUCGAAUGGCAUCAACAGCAGCAUGUUGUCGAACGGAGUGAACAGCAGUAUGAACAAUGGUGUGAACAGUAUGAACAGUGUUAUGAACAGCAGUGCCAAGUCUUUCUCCGCGGCCAACCUGCUGUCGAGCAGCAGCGUGAGUAAGGCCGUGACGAACAUUACAAAUCAAAUACUGUCCGCCAAUGGCAUGAAGCCAGGACCCAAGGCGCCGCACUGCAAGGUGUGCGGGGACGAGUCGUCUGGAUUUCAUUACGGGGUCGAUUCAUGUGAGGGAUGUAAGGGUUUCUUCCGACGGUGUAUAACUCAGGGAAUGACACACAAAUGUGCUAAUGACGAGAAGUGUGACAUCACACCGUUCACGAGGAACAGCUGUCAGUACUGUCGCCUUAAGAAGUGUUUCACCGUCGGCAUGUCCAGAGAAGCAUCCAGACUCGGCCGGAGACCAAAGCGUCUAAAAGAAGUGGGUGGAGAAAGCUCGCGAUCCCGCUCGAACCUCCCGAUAGCACCGUACCCGUCUCCCGCCGAACUCUACCGUCUGAGAAUGGCCGAGCUUCAGAAACUGCUGCAGGCGAACGGCACGUUCAAGUCAGAACUGAUGCAGGCCUUCCUGUCCGCGGCCCAGGCGAGUUUCCGCGAACACGCCAAGACCUCCGCCGGCCCCGGCCACACGCCUGGCCUGCAGUCAGACUUCACAAACCAGAAUAUGUUUGGUCCAGGUGUUGCUAUUGGUAACGAGUCUGGCUACUCGAGUAUGAGCAGCCCAGCAAGCAGUAAGAGCCAGUCUCCCCAGCAGGACGUCUCACAGCAGAUGAACAACAACUACCCCGUCGACAACGCCGCCAUGCUGGGCGCCACGCCCACCUACAACAACACCGCCAUGAUGAUGCCCCCAAACAUGAACAGUCCUGCCAUGAUGAAUAUGAACCAGCAGCAGACUAACGGUAUGCCGUACAUCUCGACGGAGAAUGUCACCAUCAAGUCCGAGCCGCCGACCUCGUUUGCCCCGUGCGCAAACGCGUCCCCACCGCAGGACAGCAACGCCAACGUGCAGGACACGGAGCGGCUCCUCCAGGAGGUGAAGCAGGUCCCCGCCACCAUGAGGAGCCAGCUCCUGGUGCAGGUCACCGAGACCGUCAUCGGCGCACACAUGGCCACCUGCCUCAACACCUACGCCAACGUCGCCGCUGCCAACAAGAACGUCGACUACAUGAUCGAAAAUGACCUCAUGCCUGAUUUCAGCAAGCUGAGUCUGACGGCAGACUCGAUGUGGAAACAGUUCCUCAGUAACAUGGUGCCUGAAAUCACCAAGGUGGUGCAGUUCUGUAAGAAACUUCCAGGAUUUUCCGAGAUUGAGCAGGAAGAUCAGAUAAAGCUGAUAAAGUCGGGGUCGUUUGAAGUCCUUUUGACUCGCUUCCUCAUGUUAGUCGACCCAGACACGGGGGAGAUGCUCGACCCCUCACACAAAAUGAGAUGUCCCAGACAAGUAAUUCUUGCCAUGCCAAUGGGAAACUUUUUCCAAGAAUUCUUCAAAGUAGCUAGUUUGUUCAACCCACUGAGGUUAACCGAUGGAGAGAUUGGGCUCUUUACCACAGUUCUCAUCAUGUGUCCAGAGCGGACAGGUUUGAAGAACAUGAAAGCUAUCACUAAAAUCCAGGCGUUGUUUCAACAAGCCUUGUAUAUUGAACUGACAAAACAUCACGCAGACCCGGACGUCAAGUUCCGGACGCUGUUCAACCUGCGGCCUCUGUUCCACGAGAUCAACAUGCAGCACUCGAUGGCCAUCAACAACAUCAAGAUGAUGGACCCCGACAAGUACGACAAGGAGUUCCCCUCACUCCACAAGGAGGUCUUCGACAAGGCCUAGACCACCGGGGGGCUGCCACGGUAACCAGCAUGUCGCCACGGGCUCGCUCACAUGACGCGCGUGUAUGUGUGAGUGUAUCAGGGACUGGUGUUAAAUGGCAUAAACUGAACAUUCUGCUCAAUGUAAUCCGUGCAUUUUUAACUCAUCUCGUAUGUCCUGACGGCUGCUCUUCCAGUCGAGAGAGUGUCAUGAAUUCAAGCAUUUCUUACUGACUGUUCCAGUCAAGGCAAGAAGUUCAUGAACUUAUAAUCAAGCAUUUAGUUCCUGACUCUGACAGUUGACCAGUGUUAGGUAAUGAUUGUAGUGAAUUCCAGCAUUCUUACUGAUGGUUCCAGUCAUACCCAAAAUAUCAUGAACUUAAACAUAUAGUGACUAUUUCCCACAGUCUGAGAAUGUCAUGAAUAUAUUAACAUUAGUUAUUGACGAUCAUGAACUCUAGCAUUAGUUGUUGACUGUUAUGAAUUCAAGCAUCCUGUCUCUUCAUUACCUUAAGAAUUGUCAUAUUGCCCACAGACUUGACGGUGUGUUAUCAGAAUUUGGCAGGUGUUAGCCAGACAACUGAAAUCUACAGUACUCCCAUGAUGGCAAGUUGAGCUCAUGAUGGCUUGCUGUAUAAAUAAACUCGGGUGUUUCUUUUUUCACCAUGGGAGAUUUCAUUGUGAUGCUGUUUUAAUAUAGUGCUGAUGACACCUGAUGUACAAACUGCCAAAUAACGUAGAAUCAGGGAUCUGUUGGUUACAUUGUAGCCAGAAAAGAAAAUAUAGAAUUGGUUUUAUGGUGGUUAUCAAAAACAAAAAACAUUAAUUGCAGGUGUACUGGUUACAUGAUGACCAAAACCAAACAGAAUCAUGUGUGUGUGUGUGUGUGGGGGGGGGGGGGGGGGGGGGGGGGGGGGGGGGGGGGGGGGGUUGGUGUUUGUGGUUACAUGCCUGACCACCUAGAUAUUAGAAUCAUGGUUAUAGUGGUUACAUGUCUGACCCCUUAAACAUCAGCAUCAUUAGUGCUUAGUUCCCAAGUCUCACCAAACGUUACUAAUGGUUACAGUGAUGUGGUUGCAGUGAUGUAACCUGCCACGUGGUCUGGUUCUAGCGGCUGUAGACUGAUGAGAUGCUAUGAGACACUCUGAGACACUGUGUGAGACAGAUACAAACUGGCAGUAGACUGAGGUGAACAGUGUUGUAUUUCACCAGGUGUCAGCAUCUCUGUACAUUAAUGAUGUUCAUUUUCUACACAGAAAAGAACAAAGUGGAACUUUGUACAGGUGUAGUUUUUUUUCUUUUUUUCUUAUUGUACAGAACUUAGAUGUUGUAUAUAAAGUAUAUUGUUGUUUUAACAAAAAGAAUUGUAUAGAAAGGCUGUUUUGUCUUCAGUUGUACAUAAAAUGAAGUUGUAAACAUUAAAUCAUGUUGUAAACGUUGAAUAAAUUUGUUUAUCUCCUGAAUUAACACUAGUAGUGUUUAGAAAUAAGACAGACCUGCAGGUAAAGAGUGGAGACUGUUCUUACUGACAAUCUAGUGUUUUUCACGGCUUUAUUUCACAUGAUAUAUCACAAUUGUUAGCUUUUAUUUACAAAACAAUUGGGUGCCCUUGGACAAAAAGCGAACAGUUGUAUUGUUUAAUGUGCUUGGUUCUUGAUUGGCCAAUUUGUUUGGUUCAGCUGUCUGAAAUUAUCCCCUACCCCCCUAUCUUUGAAGAAUUGUAUAGUUUUUACAAGUCAAGAUGGUUUAAACCUCCAAAUUGAUUACACUAACCAUUUUGUAACCCAAAUAAAAUACUUCCUCGUUCCAAAAUCAUGCGUGGAAAUCACCUUUGGCCGCUUGUAUGGCAUGUAUACACAAUGUUAUGUAGAAAGCAGAAGGAACGUGAACAGUAUUUUAAAACAAACUAGUAUAGUGAUCUACCCUCCUCACAACCUUCAUCAAGCACCCCCACCCCCCUACACCCCGUUCCUAUAGGGCUCGCGUUUGAAGAACACCAUGUUGACAUUGAAAGUGUUGACGCUUUUUGAUUGAUCUUAGUUAUGAGUUUUGUAUAUUUUUGAUGAAGUCAUUUGCUUGUUACUCUAAUCUGCGUUGUGUCUCUCGUGGGCAGGACUUCUCCUGAUAGUUGAACGCUUGUCUGGUAUCACUAGUUCCUCGCAUUGGACUUGUCAAUUUGUAAUUUUACCAACUAUUCAUCAGCCUUAUCUUUUACCUUGUCGACCACUUGUUUUAUACAUUUUUAUAAAUCUUAUUCAACAUUUCGACCUAUGUUUUUACACUUACAUUUGGCUUUACACAUAAUUUUAUUAAUAUUAUUUUAAAACAUUUUAAAAUCACUUGGAGUCUCAGGCUAAUUAAUUAGGGAAUGGUAAAACGAUUAGUGUAGCUGACAUGCGACAAACUGAGUCUUUGGUGACAAAAGCAUGUCACUUUGCAUGGUGUUGAACACCGCUAGGAAAUAUAAAAAAAAAAAUUAACAAUAGGGACAUUGCAGAUUUGUACAGUGGUUGCCAAUGCAGCUAUACAAAAGGGGUAUUUGUAAAGUAAAAUGGACACUUUUACAUUAAAAGUAUUUUUUUAUAGCAACACUUUUACAUUAAAAAGUUCUCUUUGAAACUGAAAAAGGGUAUUUUUUUCAUAUUUUAGGAUAUGCUCCAUCUUGCUAGGUAUAAUUGGCCUGAAAUACUGAUUGCUAAAAUUGUUUGUGAUCAUGAGGAAUCCUGGGUAAUAAGUGAGACACAUACCCACACAUUCAGGUGUUAGGAACAGUUUUGGUUUACAGGAGAAGUUGUCCCGGCCAUCAGAACCAGAACACUGGUUACGAGUAACAACACUCUUACAUCUCUGCAAUGCUGAAUUAAUUAUCAUAAUCUGAUGACAUCCUUUUUGUACAGACAUGUUGUAAAUAAACACUACCAGACACAA